AAAGAUGGUAAAAUAUACGUAAGAAAAAGAAAGGUUCCAUUAGCGAAUGCAGAAAGCGACAACAUUAAGGUGUAUGGCAAGGGUGAAGCCCAUGUUAAGCCUUCUAUUCAAACUGAAAAGUCAAUAGAACAAGAAGAAAAGAAGCCAGAUGUACUUUCAAUAACGAACCAAGAGCUUAUUGCAAAGUUUGUGAAUUUCAUUGAAAAACAAACCGAGUCAAAGAACCCUGACCCGCCAGUGAAAGAAGUUGAGACAAAAGAGAAUGUACAGUUCAUUGAAAAUGUCAAGAAACAACUUCCACCACGAAUGCCAAGAAGAAGAGUGAGAAUAAUGAAGUAA